UUAAUUGAGAAAUAUUGUAUAAAAAAUUUAUAUUACAAAAAAUAUAUUUAUAAAAAGUUAAUAACAAACUUCUAAUUCCUUGUUGCCAUGUCUUCAUUUGGUAUGCGUGGCAUGGGCCAAAAUUUUGGUUUCAAACUUUGUUGUUGUCGCGUGUGCACUUGCGUCAAUUUCGGUUUCGUGAAUUCGCGUGUGGGCCUCCUGAAAAUACUCCAACUUACUUUGGCCUUCCUAUGCGAGGGCUUGCUGGUGCGUUACGGCGUGCCGGCAGCGGAUACAAUUGGACAAGCUUUGACCAGCAUGCUGACGACGACCGCCUACUGCUUCACAACCACAACCAUACUGAUGAUAUGCUAUUGCUUCUCCGAGAAGUCCUCCAGUCUCAUUAGACAAUCACUCUUCGAGACGCUCUUCAAUGCAGUCGCUUGCAGCAUGUAUUUCAGUUCCUCCAGCUAUAUGGGUUUCACCUGUGUGGUAUGGCUGCAACCGCAGUUUCUGGUACGUCCCGGUUUUUGGGCCUAUCCCGCAAUGACGGCGACUUAUUAUAUAGGCUAUACGGCGGGCAUUUUACAUGCCAUCGACGCCUAUUUGGCUUUCAGAUAUUACAGAGGGAGUCGUUGACUUGAAGGUUAAGUAUAGCAAAAUAGUUGUUAUGACUUUAUUUCAAACAUGUUCGUAUGUAUGUAUAUCUACACAUUAAUUUGUAAGAAAUUCACAUAAAAAUUAAGUUGUUACUUUGUGUGUGGCACACUUGAGGCACAUAAGUGUGAGUAUUUCUCUUAUCAAUAAUAUUAAUAUUUGGGGGCAUUUAUAUAUACAAAAUAAUUAAAAUAAUAACUUAAAUAGUAAAACAAUAACUGAAAUCAUUUGUAUAAAGUUAGUUAUUAAAAUAUGAUAAUAAAUAAUUAUAAAUAUUUUUUUAAUAAUGAAAUAGGAUAAUAUUGWCAACUGCUUUCGACAAAUGUUUUGGGAAAAAAACAAAUAUUAAAAGAAAAAAUUGAAAUUAAAAACAAAAAUUUUUUAAAAAUUUAAAUAAAAAAAUAUUAUUUAAAACAUGACUGAUUUGCCACUAGUACUCAAGUGGAUAUAGAUAGUGCACCUGCGCUCAUUUGUCACUUUCAAGAGAUUAUUUUUUAGUCCAUAUUUCACAUAGUUUUAGUCGAUUUUGUUAAGCGCCUUGAAUUUUCUGCAAAUAUAUAUUUAUUAUUUAUGCUAUUUCAUACACCAAA